AUGUCAAAAAAUUGUGGAAAUUGUGGAAAUGAUUCAUUUGCGUCAUCAAAUGAAGGUAGUGUUGUAUGUACAGCAUGUGGUACAGUUAAAGAAUCAGCAAACAUUGUAUCAGAAGUACAAUUUGGAGGAGAUUCAUCAAUUGUUGGUACAUUUGUUAGUGCAACUAGGAAACCAUCAUCCUAUAGAUCAUUAGGAGGAAGAGAUUCAAGGGCAAUGUCAGUAGAGAAUGCACGUAAAAAAUUGGAUCAAAUUGGUAACUCAUUAAGAAUUAGAAGUCAUUUAAUCGAUAGUGCACAAAGAACCUUUGAAUUGGCAAUGGAGAAUAAUUUCACCAAAGGUAGACAAACAAGAUUGGUUGCAGCAGCAUGUUUAUAUAUAGUUUGUCGUAGAGAGAGAACACCUCAUCUACUAAUUGACUUUUCAGAGAAUCUUCAAGUCAAUGUAUUCAUAGUUGCUGGUACAUUCCUUCAAUUGAUCAAAUUAUUAAAUAUUCAAUUACCAAUUGUAGAUCCAAGUUUCUUCAUUCAAAGAUUUGCAUCAGCCUUAGAGUUUGGUGAUCAAACUAAAGAUGUAAUUGCGACCGCUAAUAAAUUAGUCGCUAGAAUGAAGAGAGAUUGGAUGUCAAUUGGUAGAAAGCCAUCAGGUAUUUGUGGUGCUUCAUUAUAUAUCGCUUCAAAAAUUCAUGGUUUCAAAAGAUCAAUGAAAGAAAUCGUUCAUGUCGUUAAAAUUGGUGAACAAACUUUAAUCAAUCGUUUAGAUGAAUUUAGAAAAACACCAACUGCUACCCUUAGAUUCGAUGAAUUCAAUGGUAUGGAUUUAGAGGAUCAAUGUGAUCCACCCUCUUUCACAAGAGCAAGAUUAAAAGAAAAGAAAGAAGAAGAAAAAUUAAAACUUUUAGAAGAAAAAAAAGAAAGAAAAAGAUUAAAAAAAGAGAAAAAAAAAUUACUUGAACUUGAAAAUAAUAAAGAUAAUAAAGAAAUAAUUAUAAAAGAAAAUAAAGAAGAAAUAGAGAAAAAAUUGGAAAAAAAACAAGACUUAAAAAAAGAUAAAAAAGAUAAAAUUAAAGGAGGUGAAGGUGAAGAGGAAGAAGAAGAAGAGGAAGAUGAUGAUGACGAUGAUGAAGAGGAGGAAGAAGAUAAUUUAAAUGAAGAAACUAAAGGUGAUAAUAAGAAGAAUAAAAAAAGAAAGAGAGAAUUAUUAAAAGAUGAUGAUGAUAUUGAAAAAGAAUCAAAUGAUAUAGUCAAAGGUUCACAAAAUGUUCAAUCUAUUAAGGAUAUUACAAAUGUAGAUUCAAUUCCAACAACACUUUUGGAGAAUAUUGAAAAGUUUGAAAAAAUUCAAUCCGAUAUUAAAACUUUAGCUCAAAAAGUAAAAAAUGAAAUGGAUGAAAAAAUUAAAGAAAGUCAAAGUCAAGAACCAGAUACAACACCACCACCAUCAUCAACAACAACCACACAAACAACAACAACUACAACUACAAGUCAAAAUAAUGAGAGUUCAGCACCAAUAGAUUUACCAACACCAAUUAAUAAAACAAUGGAUUCUGUUGUAUCAUACCCAACUAUAACAUCAACAAUUGAUCAAUCAGUUUUUGCACCAAAUGAUGAAUUGGAAAAUUUAAGUGAUGAAGAAUUAGAUUUUUACUUGGAACAUGAUAAAGAUACUGUAAAAAAGAAAGAAGAGAUUUGGGUGGAAUUAAAUAAAGAAUGGAUUGAAAAGAAUGAAGAAAGACAAAGAGAGAUUGAGGAGGAUAUUAAAGCUGGUAGACCACCAAGAAAGAGAAAAGCACCUGUAAGUAAGAAAUCUGCUGAAAAUGCACAAGCUGCCGCUGAAGAAGAAUUAAAAAAGAGAACUAGAAAUGCAAAACUCGUUGAGAAAUUAGGUCUCUUCAAACCAAAUUUCGUUACUAUGGGUUUAUUUGGUGGGGCUGGUGCAUCAAAUAAUCAAGCUGCCGUAGGUGCAAUGUUAUCUACUGAUGGCACCUCUAAAAAUACCUCUAUCAAUCCAAAAGAAACAAAUAAAGAAGACGAUGAUGAUGAUGAUUAUGAACCAAUUCAACCAAUUCAAUCUGGUAGUUUAUUAAGUCGUAAUUUUAAUAACUAUGAAGAAGAUGAUUAUUAA